AUGGGUCGGGCCAUGUACUGGAUGUGGCUGCUGUCUCUUGUGGCGCUCAAGGUCGCAGCGCAGUCGACGCUGUGCUCGACGAGCAACACGGCAUCUUCAGGACCGAACUCCAACGUUUACCAGUCGAAAUCGGCUUGCGUAAACAUCUGCAAGGGCCAGACGGCGUACGCGGUGGUGCAGUACGACAAGUGCUGGUGCAGCAACAAGACGCCGAGCUCCACGACGGACGGCGGCAACUGCAACAAGCCGUGCCCAGGCUAUCCGCCCGAGAAGUGCGGUGGUGACAGCGAGUACGCUUACGUGCUGCUGGACAAGAGCAAGAUUGAGGCCGCCGCCGCGGCGUCUCCAUCCCCGUCUCCACCGCCGCCGUCCUCUCCGCCGCCGCCGUCCUCUCCGUCCUCGGCGCCGUCAUCACAGCCGCAGCAGCAGCAGCAGCAGCAGCAGCAGCAAGAUUCACCGUCGCCGAGUCCUGCGCCGCAUGAUUCGGCGCCGGCGUCGCAGCAGCCUCCGCCUGCGCCCCAGAUCAUCACCAUCACCCAGACGAACGACCAAGGCUCCAAGACAAUCAUCAAGACGGUGCAGGUGUCGCCGUCCGUGGUGGAGGACAAGCCCGCGACUCUGCGCACCGUCACCGUCACCGGCACGUUGGCGGUGGUGUCGACCGAAGCCGACGCACCCAGCAGCGUCAUCAAGACGCCCUCCUCUGCAACAGCCGAGAGCGGCGGCAGCGCCAGCGCCAGCGCCAGCAGCACCAACGUCCUCGCCAGCAGCAGCGUCGGCGGCGGCAACACUGGGCUGAAGCAGGCCACCGUCGCGGGCAUUGCGGUCGGCGGGUCGGCGGCCGGCGUCUUCGCGGGGCUGAUCGCGUUCAUACUCUGGCGGCGCUACAAGUACGGCGGGGCCGAGGACCGGCGAGCGGCGGCGGAGGGGGGCGCGGGAGGUGAUGAGGGUUAUUUUGGGGCGACGUCGGCGACGACGAUCCGGAGGGACAACACGAGCGCGUCGGAGGACUCGCGGAUGGGGGCGUUUGGGCAAAACAAGCACCUGUGCAGGAACAGCACAGGGAGUCUGGAGGACAUGUCGGCGGAGAUGAAUCAGGUGCUGCGGGUGGUGAACCCGGACAUGCCGGAGAAGAUGUAG